AUAUUAACUAGAGCAACAGAAGUAAUGCCGUGAGUCACGAAAUCGGACGCCGUGUUGUGGACCUCAGCUGAGUCCAGAAGAAGGCCAGACAUUGCUUGACAUUUUUACCCGUAUAUCCCAAACAAGAUGGAAGACGUUACUCAGAGCGAGGAGCAUCAGUUUGUGGUGGAUGAGGUGAGCACCAUCAUCAAGGAGAGCAUCGAGACAGUGAUCGGCGGCAAUGCUUACACCAGUGCCAAGGUCAACAAUUGGACCUCGCAGGUGGUGGAGAACGUGCUGGGUAACCUGUCCAAGCUCAACAAGGCAUUCAAGUAUAUUGUAUCAUGUGUCAUCAUGCAGAAGAAUGGUGCUGGUCUACACACGGCCAGUUCGUGCUACUGGAACAAUGACACGGACGGGUCUUGCACUGUGCGCUGGGAGAAUAAGACUAUGUUCUGUAUCGUCUCUGUGUUCGGCCUGGCUCUCUAAGGCUACCACCACUACGCUUAAGUCUUCAUCUUUCUCCCAGCUCAUCUCUCUUUACCUUUCUCUUCCUUCAAUCAGCAUCAUUCUGGAAUAUUCUUUGCCAAAUUUUUCAUCUUCCCUUUCUCUAUCUCUGUGAUUAGUGUAAUUCUUUGGUAUUUUUUUUAAUCAAAGUUUUCAUCCUCUUCCUUUGUUCUUUCUGUAACUCCCUAAUCCUUUUUGUUUCAUUUUUUUGUCAUCCAUUUCCUUUCUCUUCUUUGUAUUAGUGUAGGUAAUUCUGUGAUCCUUAAUUUCUUACAUCCAUUUUCUCCCUUCAUUGUAGAUCUGGGAUUUUCUUACCUUUAUUUAUUUGUUUUUCAUAUGUAAGUUUUGAUGUGUUUAGUUACUCCCAGUUUACAAUGACACAUUUUAUCUUCUUAACAUACUUUCUCCUUCCUAUUUUAUGUUUCUGUCAUUGUCAAGAUCUACACCUGGUAGGAUAUUAUGAUUUACUAAUCUGUCCAUGUAGGUAUUUAAUGAGAGGCAUCUAAGUAUGUCUGGUAAUCUGUUUGUGUGUGUGUAUGAUGAAAGGUAUGUGAAUGGGUGAGAUGAGAUGCAAACAAUAUUACCUAAUUUCACCUGAUGUGAGAUUGGAGUGUCAGAGGAUCGCAUGACCUGACCCCCUCAUCUCCCAGUGUGCUGUGGAGGUGUAGAGAGUUAGUCAGUGUGUGCCUCUUUGGUCUCUGAAGCUUGGGUCAGGCAGGGUUAGGUCAGGUCAAGUGUUAUGCCUGCCAGAUUUUUUCUUUUUACUAAUUUAAGAAAAGAAACAGGUUGAGAAUGUUAACUCUAAGAUUCUAAAAGGUGGAGUUAGUGCUGACAUUUGUAAUUUAUUAACACUUUCAUGCCAAUAUGACACAAAAGUACCAUAGUUUCUUGCAUUACCAUCCUCUAAUACACAUGUUAUUUUUAGUUUCCAUUAACUUUUAAGGAUGUAACCAUUAUCACACCUUAACAGGCUUGCAUGGAUUUUGUAAUAUUCUUCUCUUUUGGCAGAAUGUAAUUCUUUCUCAUAUAGAGGCAUGUGUGUGUUCCUAAACCCAGAGUAUUCCUUGCAGAUCCUACCAUUCCAGAUAAAGAGUUCUCAACCUGUCAUUGUGAAGGAAUGAAACGUGUAGUCUGUAGCUAGGUAAAUUUUUGGACAUGCCUUAUGAAGAUGCACUUAUUAGACAUUAUGAACAUUAGACAAAAUGAUUGACGAUGAUAUGAAUCUAAACACAACCUUUGACAUGACUGUUACAUGAAGCCAGUGCACUUAUUGUCUUUUAAUCAUUAGUCAUUAUUAUAUACUGUAUGUACUUUACACAAAAUGAUGGACAGUGUUGUGAAUCUUAACAUAACCCCUAAAUGACAACCAUUACACCAUUAGUUGUCUCUCCAUCGUUUACAGUACAGUGACGAUAACUCGGAUAACACAACUGGAGCAAGCAUAACCUGUCAUCUAAUUGGUUACAUUGUGUGUGCAAAUUUUGACGGUUUCCAUAUUAUGAAUAUUGACUUUUUUUUUUUUUUUUUUUUUUUUUUGAUGCAUUUGAAUAUAUUGUUGAAUUAUUAUUUUUUUUUAGUGAUGUAUGUUGCUACUAUUAUUUAUGAUAAUUGAAAUAUUACUAUUAUUAUCAUUAUCAAUAAAACAGGAAAUACCAUA